CAGCAUUCCCAUCUGCAGGGGCGUGGAGCGAGGAAGGAUUUUGGCUGCGUUGUCACCUGUUCCCUUCCGGCUGCAGCCCGGUCGGGUGCAACAGCAGCGACUAGGUGUGUAGCAAGUACUUGCCGUCCAUCAUAAGGCCAUCAUGGAGGACGCGCAGCAGGAGGAAAGAGUUUUGCACUGGCUAAAAAAGCGGGGAUACACGGAGGUGGCAAAACACUAUGAAGAGGACCAGGCUCACGCAGCGGUGGGCAGCGCCGAAGAGGGCAACGAGAGCGAGGAUUCUUCCGUCCCUAGCGGUGCAUUUACUGAUGAGCGCUUGUUGUGCAAGCGAAUUGGUGAAGCGAAUCAAAGUGCGUUACUCUUUCGCUCUCUCCGUAUGUCAGAUCCGAUGCUGUACCAUCGAAACUACAACGAGCUACAGACGUGGACUUGCAAUGCCCUUGAGGCCUACAAGCCCGAGCUCUUGACAGUGGCCUUUCCUGUCUUCGUUCACAGCUACCUGAAACUUGUAGAGCGGGGUAUGAUAGAAGCAGCGAGAGCCUUCCUCCAGACCUGGGGACCUGACCAUGCAGAAACAUAUCAACUAGAAUUGCGGAGUUUGACGGCCGUUCAACGGCCCGAUCACCUAACGGCGGGCAACGGAUUUGUCAAGCGCGCCUUGACAGACAAGUUUGUCCUUCGACUCUGCAGCAUCAGCUAUCGCCUCUUACAAAGUUUCUUGAGCGACCACAAUCUGUUGCUAAUCAUGGAGAUCUUGAACGAGCAAGUGCACGUGGUGGUUGAGGAGCGCCCUCCUAUGCCUCGCUUCCAGGUGGUGACGUUUCGGAAUGACGGGAUCGCUGGUGGCG